AUGACUCGGAUCCACACCGGCCCCGAAUCCUGCGCCGUGCGAGCAGUGAUUGCGGCCACUUCCAGCGAGCUGCAAAUUUACUCCCAGUUACUGACGACUGCCGUGGCGCUGGGCGUUUUCCUGGGUAUCAUUGGGGGAUUUCUGCUUUACUUUUUCGUUUUGGAAUCCGUCCUUCAAAGAAGGCAAACGUGUUCAGAUGGGAUUGAUGAUAGUUCCGAUUCUGACGAUACCCAGAGUUACGACAGCAACUCCGAAAUUGCGGUGGAAACCACCAAAGCCGGAGCGUCCGCUUUCCAAGAGGAAGAUGAAUUAUCAAUCAACAGUAAUGUGGCUGUAUUUGCAUUGAAAGCAAAAAUCAUAUAUCCCAUUAAUCAAAAAUUUAGGCCCUUAGCAGAUGGAUCUUCUAACCCUUCUCUAUUAGAGAACUUCAAACAACAAGACUACAGCAAAAGGGCAAAACAAGAUUUUGUUCUUUCGGGGCCUGAGGCACCUGGUGAAAUGGAAGAAGGAAAUAGCAAUUAUUUUGUGGAGAAUUAUUCACCACCGGAUACUAAAACAUACAACGAGGAUACAACAAUUUUAAUGCUAACAUUCUUUCCAGAAAUACUGUGCUAUUCAAGUCCUGAGGCAGAUCUCGGCCUGUACAGACUUAGUCUGCAAGAUUUGAGACAAUUAGAUACAGACAUGCAUCAAGAAAAAUGUACGAUAUUUCUUCAGUUAUUAAGAAUGGAACUGAAUAAUUUGUAUUUAAGAGAGAAAAUUGAUGAGAGUGUCUACAGGGAUUUUCUUUCCAUGAAAGAGAAGGAAUUGAAAGAACUGCUGAAGAAACAUCAGUCAGUGUUGCCAGAUACAGCUGACAGGGAAGAGUCCAAUUGCCUUUAUACCUUGGAAGAAAUUGAAAGGGAUGAACAAGAUUAUUUGCAAUAUGCCAUACAACAGAUGAGUAAAUUCUUCCAGCAAACUGAAAUACUUCUGAAACACUCUGAGCUCCCUGAAAUCACUGUGAGGGAGAUAAUGCAAAACAUAGGGGACAGAAUGUCCCAGGUGGAGAGCAUGCUGACUGACACUCUGACUUCGCAAGUCAUGGUUAUUGUGGAUAAGUUGAUGCGUUGGAAGUUCAUGGCAAAAAGCCUUUAUUUCCUCAAGCGGCUUGCUCAGCAGGAAAACAGAGACAAAUUGAAGAUGGUGACAUCUGUCCUGGACACUCUCACCAGAGAUACUAUGUUGACAUCUUUGCAAAAAGAAGAGCUAACACCUAGAUUACAAAAUACAAUUUGGGGUUGUGUGAACACAUUGAAUAAUGAAUUUACCAAGCAGACAAAAGACAUCAUUUUGGGAAUGAAGAAACGGCGGAGGACCCUGUUGAAUAGACUUGAAAAGACACAAAGGGAGCAUGCUGCAAAUCUGAUGGACAAGGCUAGGAGAAUAUUUGCUCCAGAUGACUUUAUUAAGAGUUAUCAUGAACUUGAGGAACGUAACAGGCAGAUUCGCAGUGAAAUGGAGGAUGAAGAAGAUCAUAACGAUGCAAAGGCAGUUACUGAACUGUGGAAGAACCUGCACUGUACUUCAUCGCAGACUGUGGACAAAUUGAUCGAGGAGUUUUUUUCAGAAACUCUACCAAACCUCACUGAAGUAUCUUCAUCUGCAAUGGAAGCCUUGAGAAGCCAAAUGCAGCAAGAGCUACGAGCAAGCAGCCAGGCGGCAGAAGAAGAGAGAAAAUGGCAUUUGACAUUGUUCCAAGAAAAAUUGGUCCAAAUGAAGCAGGAAUGGCUAAAUGAGAAAGCACUAAAUUCAGCUAAACAGAAACACCUGGUUGACUAUCAGGAACAGAUAAUUCAGAACUUCCUACUGAAGCAGACUGCACUGGAUGAGAAGAUUUCUAACCACAUUGUGCUGGAACAUAAGACAGCUUUACAGUCUGUGGUUAGAUGGUUAACUCUGAGGCAUCUUGGUCUAAUGACUCUCAAGGAAAUGAAGCUUUACAAGACAAAAUGUCAGAUGGAUGAACUAGGAGAACAGCGAUUAAAAGAACUUCCGAUUUGGGAUGAGCAUGAAGACGAAAGCAAGAAACUAAGGGACAAUCUGGUGUCCAGAUUGUCGAAAGAAAAAGAGAUGUUGUGCCAAGAAACUGAAUCGCUGCUUCACCAGCAAUUCACUGUAGAGUCCAGGGUACUGAUGGAUCUUUUGCAGCAUCACAUGCUUCAGGUGAUCGGCUGUGCUCUCGUCCAACAAGCCAGAACCAACUCUGCCCAGCAGAACCAUAUAGAUAGCACACAUCAACUCAAGAAUCUUUUAGUAGAAAGAACGAUGGAGAGUGUCUAUGUGACCUUGGAAGGUGCCAAUGGUCUUAUCCAGAAGUACUUCCAACAGAUAGAAGAAACCAUGGAGCAGUACAGAAAAGACAAAGGAGAUCAGCUGAGGUCCCUGCAAGACACUUUUAAAAGGAAACAGCAUAUUAAGGAGAAGAUGAUUGAAGAAAAUCUUAGUGCAGGCAUGGCUAAUGUGAAGACAAAACGCUUUAAUUCAACAAAGAUUCAACACCAGAUGAUGCUGCAGCAGAGGAGGAUUAUUUCAAUGCUUUUGCUUGAAGAGGAGAUAAACAUGGAGUUCCUAAAGCAGAGGGGGCAGCAGCUCCAUCAAUUGAAGCAGCAGCUAGAUAAACACUUGAAGAUGGCAGAAGAAAUAUUCAUAUCAGAGCUUGCAGGUUUAACAAGGAUUUCACAAGCAGAAUGGAAGAUCCUGGAGAAUAAGUUCCUUUCAGGAACCAAAAACAGAACAUUACAAGCAGGAACAUGAGCAUUAGUACAAACGAUGUCACCACAGUGUGCAAUAAAGAACCUUGUAUAUGUAUUAGGAUUCAUGGACUUUGCUGUACAUAUAUAUUGUGAAAGGUGUUG